AUGCCGGCAACACUUGGCAAGCCAGUGUUUUGCGCUCGUGAUCAGGCCUUUAGGUCUGUCUGGAGGGAGCUCAAGGCAGAAGGUUGGACAUCAAAGAAGGCACCAACGCGCUGCCUCGACGGACGCUAUAGUUAUGUACGCCCAAGCGCCAACCCCAACGGUACCGAAGGUGUCGACUUUUUCCUGGGUCCUGAAGCUGGCUGCGACAAAUUCGACCACGAUGGCGACUCAGAUGACAGCACCGACGGCUCCACCAUCGACACCAACACCUCUUUCAACAGCAAAGAGACAGUUCGUCUGACGACACCUACACUGUGCCCUACGACACCAACUACGCCAACGACUCGUAUGACGACGCCACCUUCCAUAGUGACGACUACGGAGACAAGCUCUCAGACGGCAGGCGCGACCCCAAUGGCGGCACCAACUCGCUCAGCGCCUUCUCGACUGGUGCUAAUCCCCACAUCACCACACGUUGGAAUCAGUGCGGAUGAAGACACUGCUGAAGAUGGUACAGGCGACGACGACACUGGUGAUGAAAAUAGCGUCUUUGGCGAAGGUGAUUCAGCGGGAGAAUCUGAUGCACAAAUCUGGUAG